CCAGUCUCUGCUUCGUGUUUAUUUCCGGAAGUGAGUUAGUUGUCAGUAUCAGACUUUCCAGGUAGCCAAAUCGUUGACCUACGGCAGCGCAUUGACAGCCUCCCCUCUGCAGCUGUGACCCCGUCCACGCCAUGGCCCACUGGUUCCACAGAAACCCGCUGAAGGCGACGGCGCCGGUGUCCUUUAACUUCUACGGUGUGGCUGGGAGCCCGGCUGCCAACAAGAUCUGCAAUGACCUGAGGACAACCAGGGCGAGGCUGCUGGAGAUGUUCACCGACUCCACCUGCACCCCGGAGAUCAUGAAGAACGCCUCGGAUGCAUACUUCUCUCUGCUGCAAGGCUUCAUCGUGUCUCUGGAUGGAACUACACAGGAGAACAAGAUGAGGUUCAUCCAGAACUUCAAGUGGACCGACACCUUGCAAGGAAACAUCCCAAGUGCCCAGCAGGACGCCGUCUUUGAACUGGCCUCCAUGGCCUUCAAUGUAGCCGUCUGGUACACUAAGUUUGCCUCGAGACUAACUGGGAAGGAGAACAUAACAGAGCCUGAAGCCAAGGAUGUUCACAAGAGCCUGAAGGUUGCCGCUGGAAUAUUCAAAACUCUCAAGGAGGUCCACAUUCCUCGUCUCAUCACCCCGGCUGAAAAGGGCAGAGAUCUGGAGCCCAGAGUGAUCGACGCGUAUAUCAUCCAGUGCCAAGCCGAGGCACAAGAAGUGACGAUCGCCAGAGCCAUCGAGCUGAAGCACAACGCCUCACUGAUCGCAGCUCUGUCUUUUGAGACGGCCAACUUCUACCAGAAAGCUGACCACACGCUGAACACGCUGGAGCCGGAGUGCAGCAGCAAGUGGAGGAAGUAUCUGCAGCUGAAGCAGUGUUUCUACAUGGCCUAUGCGUUCUGCUACCACGGCCAGACACUGCUGGCCAGCGACAAAUGUGGAGAAUCUAUAAGAUCCCUACAGGAGGCAGAAAAAUGUUACUCCCGCGCGGAGGCGCUGUGUAAAGAGUACCGUCAGACCAAAGGCCCCGGCACCACGGCCAAGCCGUCCGAGCAGCUGUUCUUCCUCAAGCUGGGCGCGCUCAUUAAAAGCACGCUGGAGAAGUGCCAGCGAGAGAACGGCUUCAUAUACUUCCACAAGGUCCCCGCCGAGCCCCCCCAGCUGGAGCUGAAGGCCAGCUACGGCCUGGCCGAGCCGGUCCCCUUUGAGCUGCCGCCCCUCAGUGAGCAGUGCACUCCUCAGGUCUACGCCACCUUCGACCUGACCAAGGGAGCCAAAAAUGACAAGGCCAAGCCCAAGGAGGAGGAGGUGAAGCCGGUGAAGGAGCCUGAUUUGAAGCCGCAGAAGGAUACGGGCUGCGUCAUCUCCUAAAGCCUCCAUCUCGACAGCCCCAUGCUGAAAGUCUUCAUCUGUUUAUCUUCCUUCAUAGGAGACUUUUUUUUUUCACUCUUAAUCCAUGGUGUUUUACAUUCAUGCUGAAACAUGUACAUUAUAUCUGGCUAGGAUCCACUUCCAUAGCAAUCUAGAGGUCUGUCUCAUGGAAAAGAAAAAUCUGCUACUGAUGGUAUACUAGGCUGGCCCAGCAUCCACCCCCCCCCCCCUCGCGUCCGUGCUAAAACCCACAAAAGAUGGCGAGAUGAAGAUUUAGUGUAAGGAGGGGAAAAAAAGCCCAUCUCGUCUGGUUUUGGAAGUAAAAUGCGGUGAGCGUGUUUGCAGUGUUUCUCGUCUUGACUGGAAUAUCAUGGCAUAUUUUGGCAUUAGAGCAACUUGCCAGACGCGCUGUAGCGGCGUGCUUAACACCAUAAAUUCUCUAAAGCAGAUAAAUAUCAGACGGAUGAGGGGGGGAUAAAAAAAAAAAAACCUUCCACCCAGUUAAAGGCCGCUUUGAAGCGAGACAGGAAGGGAAACAAGGCUCCUGUGUUUCAUGCAUGUUUUUCUGUUCUGUGACAACCAGUGGAGCCGUCUGACGGAACCUAGCGAAAGAAUCCAGAAUUUCAAUCUGAACAAAAAAAAGCACUUAUUGCCCUCCAGGCACCUGUACAACAUCUGCUUGGAAGGUUUAGCACUACAGAUAAAUCUUAACCCCAACGAGUAAAUGCAUUUGUACAAUCCUCCCGAGUACUACCUGUAUACAGUCAGCUUAGCUAAGAUGAGUGUUUAUUUUCCCAAAAAUAUAACGUCACACAAUCAUUUAUACCAGGAGGAGAUCCAGACAUGCAGUGGCCAGACGCUGGACUGUGUGUGGAUGGUUGAUUUGCUUUGUUUUAGCUGGAAAGGUUUACAAUCUGUUUGGUUUAGCUCACAUACUGUAUGUAGUCGUUCUUUUCGUAUGUGACACGACGUGGCUGUUUUCUACACGUACCUUUUCUUUAACAACACAUUAUUAUUGUUAUUGUUUAAUAUUAUCGGUAUUAUUGCUGGAUAUAGCUAAAUUGUACAUUGUGGCACAACUCUGACGCGGAUGUCUAUUUAGGAUCAUUGAUUUGUUUUGCUUCUGUCACAUUUUAAGACAGUCUAACACGCCUGGACAGCAGACGGUGCAGCGCAGCUCAAAUCCAAACUUCUUGUUGCCGCCGAUUGUAAGAAUAUAUACAGAGUAUCAAAGUUGGCCCUUACAGCGCUGACCCUGCAAUCUUCUCAGCAGUUCUCGUAUGUACCGUACAUGUGUUGAGAGAAUAGCAAUGCAGCUGUCGCCCCCCCACACCUGUCUAUGCGCACUGCUGGUCAGCUGGCUAAAUGGAUCUAGCGCACUCUUCCCUCGCUUAGAAAAAUGACAAAUCUGCAGCUAGCAAGCUACCAGCAGCGCGUCCUGUUGGAGCAGAUCAUCAACGAGGUCCUUGUCCUGCAAUAAGCAAAGUACUACUGAAAUAUUUGGAGGUCUAUUAUAUAUUAUUCAUAUCAAAAUACUACUAAAUGUUGGCGUUAACAUCACUAAAACUUAUUUGGCAGUUAUUUAGAAACAGUUAAAACAUUGCUUUUUUUGUUGUUGUUUUGAGUCGAACCAGUGGUCAGGUUAUGUUGUCAUUUACCUUGAAAUUUUUAUUUUUAUAAAUGCAUCAUGAAGACGUGGUCUUUUAUUUUAGCCAAGGCCGUCAUGCAGUGAGGCACCUGGCUAGUGUUGAGUAAAAAAAAAAAAAGACAGAAACAGUGAAAGAUGCCCUAAGAUCCAACUUUUGUCUGUAGCUCCACCUGAUCUCUGCCGUUGACGGUGAAAUCUGAUCCGGUUAGUUAUGAACUGCUGGAAACAUGUAUAGGCUGUAGAGUUUUGCUUACAUGCACUAAUCCAAGCCACCGGUAUAUUUACUGACUUAGGUUUGAUCCCAGCUGACUUCCUCCCCCGACGUGUUCGUAGCACAUUGUAACAUCUCUGCACUUUAUUCAGCAGGUUUGAAAGUUGAGCUGGUUUAGACUGACAUGUGGUUCAUUGCACUUUUGAUUUGCUUUUGGAGGCGCUGCAGGGCGUCAGCCCAGCGCUAACCGUUAGCAGCCGUUCCUCACGAGGGUGCUACGGCAUCGCUGCAGCUCCUUCCUCCUCUUCUACUUCUGAUGUGGUGUCCUUCAUGUAAAAUGUAACUCAUAUGGUAUUAAAUCAGUCUGAAAAUUC